UCACCUAUUUAUCUAUUUUGUUCGCGCUUUUUAAUUUCGAUUCAAACUACAUUAAAUUAUCUAUAUCAUGAGCAAAUCAAUCGCAAUCGUCGGCGCGACCGGCCUCCAGGGCGGCAGCGUUCUCAAGGCGCUCCAUGCCACCGGCAAGUACAGGAUCCGCGGGCUGACCCGCGACACUACCAGCGCCUCUGCAAAGGCCGUGCUGGAGAAAUACCCGGGCGUUGAGCUGGCAAAGGCCGACCUCGACGACAUCGAUUCAUUGCGCCAAGCAUUCAAGGGCGCAGACAUUGUGUUUGGCGUCACCCAGUUCAACCCCACGGGCAAGCCCCAAGACAGAGACCGCGAUCAAGAGUACGAGCACGGGAAGGCCAUAGUCAACGCUGCCAUCGCCGAGGGUGUUAAAUCCCUAGUCUUCAGCAGCCUUGACUCCAUGAAGGUAAACUCUCACGGCAAGUAUCCGGGAGUCAAGCACUUUGAGAGCAAGCACGAGGUCGAAGAAUACAUUUCGAGCAAGGCAGGCCAGAUCCGCGGAUACUUUGUUUAUGUGGGGUUCUACAUGGAGAACUACGUGAAUUAUUCGCGUCUGUCGCCAGAGGACGGCAAGACCGUCGAGUUUACGUUCCCAUUGAAGCCCACCACCAAGCUGCCGCUUGUUGACACUGCCAAUGAUGUUGGUUACGUGGUGUCGUAUAUCCUGGACCACCCUGAGGAGUGCCUCGAAACUGUAAUCGAGGCGAGCAGUGGCUACUAUGAGGCCCAGGAUAUGGUCAACGCAUUCACCGAGGUCACUGGCAUUCCAGCCCGCUAUGUCCAGAUUCCGUAUGAGGAGUACCUGGGAACGGAGGAGAUGAUCCAGAUGUUUAAAGGCAUUGAGGAGUUUGGGCUCUUCAAUGGCAGAACUGAGUUUAUCGAGCGCGCCAAAGAAUAUGAUCACAAACUCACCACGCCAACCGAGUUCUGGAAGAACCGUGGAUGGACUGGGCCUGCCAAGUAAAGUAAAGAAAACGCACUUUUGUUACUAUUACUUUUUUUGGUCUCAGCAUUCAGCUCGCUUCCAAAUGGCAACUGUCAAACAUGCAACCCACAACACGUGACUUUAAAUUAAAUAUUUAGAGUAAAUAUAAUAAA